AUGCCGCUGCAGGAUGAUACCCUCCGAGAAGUGUGGGCUUCAGACAGUGGGCAUGAGGAGGAAGGCCUGAGCCUGGAGACCCAGAAGCACCCCAAACAGCGAACAGGCCUGGGACAGAAGCCAAGAAAGAAGAAGGCAGACACCCCAGAGUCUCCCACGGGAUCCAAGCCGCGAAGACGUGGGCAGGGAGCUGAGGGGAAGCGGCGGGAGGAGCCCGCCCCCAAGCCCACCCCGAACCCAACCGAUGAUGCCAGGCCACCGCACACACUCUACACCAAGUUCCUCAGGGACCCCCAAGCCAAGAAGCCCGACCCCCGGGAAACAUUCCUGGUAUCCCGGGCCCCAGGCGCAGAGGACGAGGAGGAGGAUGGAGGUGAGGAGGAAGAGGAUGAUGAGGAAGUGGAGGAGGAAAAGAAAGAGAAAAUCCCUCUACGUCCCAAGAAGCCCCCUAAAGAGAAGGCCUCAGCAGACACCAAGGAGAGGAAAGCCAAGGCCCAGGGCCCAAAGGGGGACCUGGGGAGUCCUGUACCCUCACAGAAACCUCUUCGAAUUAAGAAGAAGGAGGUUCCAGCAGGGGAAGUGACCAAGAUAAAGAAGACAAAGAAAAAAGGGUCUGGAGAGUCUGACAAGGACCCCUCAGAAAGCCCAGCUGGUGUGAAGAAGAAGAUUCCAACAGCCUUGUUUCUGGUUGGAGAAGGUGGCCCAGUUAAGAAAGCUUGGAAGAAGAAAGAUGAUGAUGAUGAUGAUGAAGAGGAUGAGGCAGCCGCGGUGGUGACCAAGAACAGCAAUCAGAAGGGCAAAGCGAAAGGAAAGAAUAAAAAGCAGAAACCGAAAGAAGAGAGGGCCCCAUCCCCACCCGUGGAGGUAGAUGAACCUGCAGAGUUUGUCCUGCGGCCAGCACCACAGGGACGCACAGUGCGCUGCCGGUUGACCCGGGACAAGAAAGGCAUGGAUCGGGGCCUGUAUCCCUCCUAUUUUCUGCAUCUGGACACUGAGAAGAAGGUGUUCCUCUUGGCUGGCAGAAAACGGAAACGGAGCAAAACGGCCAAUUACCUCAUCUCAAGUGACCCUACCAAUCUGUCCAGAGGAGGGGAGAAUUUCAUUGGGAAACUGAGAUCUAACCUUCUGGGGAAUCGCUUCACUGUCUUUGACAAUGGAAAGAAUCCCCACCGUGGAGGAGGGGGCGCCGACGUGGGGAGCCUGCGUCAGGAGCUGGCUGCAGUGAUCUAUGAAACCAACGUGCUGGGCUUCCGGGGUCCACGGCGUAUGACCAUCAUCAUUCCAGGCAUGAGCUCGGACAAUGAGAGGGUGCCCAUCCGACCCCGAAACGCCAGCGACGGGCUGCUGGUGCGCUGGCAAAACAAGACCCUGGAGAGUCUCAUUGAGCUGCACAACAAGCCACCUGUCUGGAAUGAGGAAAGUGGCUCCUACACUCUCAACUUCCAAGGUCGUGUAACACAGGCCUCGGUCAAGAACUUCCAGAUUGUCCACGCUGAUGACCCUGACUACAUCGUGUUGCAGUUUGGCCGCGUGGCCGAGGACGCCUUCACCCUGGACUACCGGUAUCCGCUGUGUGCCCUGCAGGCCUUUGCUAUAGCCCUCUCCAGCUUCGACGGGAAGCUGGCCUGCGAGUGA